GAUCCAUCCUCAACCAGAACCUCAGUGAAUUAAAUUAAAGCUGUUUUCUUCAAACCCCACUGGAGAUCCUUCUUGGACUAAAAGGAUGAUUCCCACUGGACAUGUUGUGCUGUUUGGAUCCAUUUUGUCUCUGUCCCGGGACAAUCCACACUAGGUUUGAAUAAAGGAACAUCAGAGACGUCCACAGUGAAACACCAGAGCUCAGUCUGAAUGUCAGCCAUUGUUCUUGAGAUGUUUGACUCUGACAGACCUUCCCUGGGAUCCAUCAUCAUCGUCCUGAAGAGUCUUCCUCUUCAGUUCACAAUGAAGUAAACAAAAACAGGAGGGUCAAUCAACCCAAACCGAAGCAGGAAACCUGUUGGUUCUCUGAACACUGAGCCCCUUCUCCUGACUGCAGUGAAGGAGCGAGGGGCGUGUUCAGAGGUCCCACCCCCAUCAGGCUGCCACUUGCAGAUGGAGGCCCACCAACACUCCCCAGAUAGCAGCAGCGAGGAGUGUACCGUCCUGGAGGCUCCGCCCAGCAAGAACACCUGUCCCCAACAUGCAGGGAAGGUGGCUGACCUGUACUGUUCAGCCUGUGAGUGUGCGCUCUGUGAGGACUGUGUGUCGGACCACGAAGACCACCCCCAGGUGCCGCUCAGCCAGGCGCUGGAGCAGCACCGGACCCGGCUGCAGGAGAGGCUGGGGGCCGUCCAGGGCAGACUCCCCCAGAUCUCCGAUGCUCUGUCCUUCGUUAAGGAGAUCCUCCAGCAGCUGACCAGUCAGAGAGCUUCCAUCGAGGAGGACAUCCAGUCCAGCUUUGAGGACCUUCACAAGCAGCUGGACGUCCGAAAGAGCGUCCUGCUGAUGGAGCUGGAGGUCACGUAUGGACUCAAGCAGAAGGUCCUUCAAGCUCAGAUAGACAGCCUGGUCCGUGGAGAGGGUGACAUCACGGCCACCUGUUCCCAGACGGAGGAAGCUCUGGCUGGGGAGGCGUGCGUGGCAAACCUGCAGGUGGAGCGCGAGCUGGAAGAAAAGCUGAUGGAGCUGGCCGGCCUCAGGUUUCCAUGCCAACCACAGGAGAACGAUCAGCUGGACCUGGUGAUGGAGACGGACGGACUSAGGAAGUCCAUCCACAACCUGGGAACCAUCGUUACGACCAGCGCUGUGGCAAGUCAGAGCGAAGCCAUGGGCACCGGCCUGGAGCAGUGCAUCGUGGGACACCCUGCCUCCGUUACCAUAGUAACAAGAGACAAGUCGGGGGGAGCCUGCAAAAGUGGCAACGCCAUCCUGUCGGCUGAGGUGUUCACCCCCGAUGGAAGCAUCGUAGACGGGGAAAUAGUGGACCACAAAAACGGGACCUAUGAGUUCGUCUACACAGUGCCCAAAGAGGGCCACUUCUCCCUGGCCCUCCGGCUGUAUGACCAACACAUCAAGGGAAGUCCCUUCAAACUGACCAUCACCAGGGCCUCGGAGGCGGAGCUAGACGUGUCUCCCUCCACCACAACAGCAACCAACUCAGCAGCCAACGCCACCCCAUCCACAGGCUCCUCCGAGGGGGCAAAGAGGCGAGGGAAGUCCCCCGGACAGAAGAAGAAGGGCUCCAAGAGGGCCAGCAGCGCCCUGGGAACCCCUCGACGAAAAACCCAGAAUCCUAUCGAAGAUGACCUGAUCUUCAAGAUCGGAACAAAGGGGAGAAAUAAAGGUGAGUUCACCAACCUUCAGGGUGUAGCUGCCUCCUCCACUGGCAGGAUCCUGAUAGCRGACAGCAACAACCAGUGUGUUCAGAUUUUCUCCAAUGAGGGUGAAUUUAAGAGUCGUUUUGGGGUUCGUGGGCGGUCUCCGGGCCAACUGCAGCGACCGACCGGUGUUGCCGUGCACCCCUGUGGUGACAUCAUCAUCGCAGACUAUGACAACAAAUGGGUCAGCAUCUUCACCUGCGAGGGCAAAUAUAAGGCAAAACUUGGCUCUGGUAGACUCAUGGGGCCUAAAGGAGUGUCUGUGGACCAGAARGGACACGUGAUCGUUGUUGACAACAAGGCGUGUACCGUCUUCAUUUUCCAGCUGACCGGCAAGCUCAUCACAAAGUUUGGUAGUCGAGGCAAUGGUGACAAACAGUUUGCAGGUCCACACUUCGCAGCCGUGAACCAUAACAACGAGAUCAUCAUAACAGACUUCCAUAACCACUCAGUCAAGGUGUUUACCCCUGAGGGAGAGCUGGUGUUGAAGUUUGGCUCAAARGGAGAAGGAAACGGUCAGUUCAAUGCUCCCACAGGCGUAGCUGUGGAUGUUAAUGGGAACAUCAUCGUUGCUGACUGGGGCAACAGCAGAAUACAGGUUUUUGAUGGCAGCGGCUCCUUCCUUUCCUACAUCAACACAUCAGCGGACCCUUUGUAUGGACCACAAGGUCUGGCUUUGACCUCUGAUGGACAUGUUGUGGUCGCCGACUCUGGGAACCACUGCUUCAAAGUCUACCGCUACCUGCAAUGAUAAAGGCUUGGAUGGAGAUCAGGAAGUAGGAGAAAGGUGAACAGGAGGACAAUGGUCAAUGUGAAAUGAGAGGUUUGGUUUAUACGAUUGUGACCAGGAAAGAUCGAGAGGACUUCAAAAGCAUGUAAAUGAAAGAAGAAGUGGURGGAAGAACUUUUCAGAAAUUUACUCCUCCAAAAUGAGAUGCAAGAGUGAUGAAAGUCAAGACAAAAGAUCAGAAAUGGAUUACAGUGYUCAGAAUCAAGAUGUCCACUUUCUUCUUGUUUGGUUUUGGUCGAUCAMUGGAGGAUUAAAGGAACACAAAAAACCAAGAACAGAAGACAGUGUCUUUUAGAAGCCAWUGCAUCCUAAAUGUAGAAUAUUUUGAAUGUUGGAUAAGAGAUCAACCAACCCUGCAGGCAUGGAUUUGUGAAUGUGGAUGUACUUUGGUGAGAAUGGUUUGAAUUGUUGAAAGUUUUCUAAUGUUCUGCCUUGUUCUGUAUGAAAGAGACAAAAACGGUCAAUAAGCUAAAAGUGGUCCAUGUUCAAUAUUUAUUUUAUUAUUCCCACAAUGUUAUUUCUUAAUUUUUAGGCUAUUAUUUAACAUUUGGAACCUAGAAUUAGCAUUAGGUUGUUUUUAUCUAGAAUUAGCUAAACGUUAAACUGGUCCAAGAGUUUAAGAGAAGUUGUUUUUGGAAAUGUAAAUAUUUAAAAUUUAAAAAUUUGAUAAGGAAAUACCUAAACAUCCCUCACAGAAGUCACUGCACAGUCAGCACUGUUACCUUUACAGCUGAAUGGAACCUCAGCAGUGAAAAGUUUGCAUGAUCUCUCCGUGCAUGUUUGGGUUUUCUCUGGUUUUCUUCCCACUGACCAAAAACAUGCAUGUUAGCUUAACCUGUGACUCUGAACUGGCCCMAAGUGUGAGUGUUUUUAUGCAUGAUUGUUUGUCUCGAUGUGGUCCUGUGAUGGACAGGCGAUCUGUCCAGGGUGUACCCCGCCUCUCACCUGAUGAACCACCGUCUCUGACCCCGACUGGGAUCAAGCCGGUACAGACACUGGAUGGAUGGAACUCACAUAAUCAUAUUUCCAUUGACUGCAUGAUCAGGCUUCUGUUAAAAAUGGUCCUAAACUACAUUGUCCAGUUGACCUUCUUAUUGGGUACAAGGAUUUGAAUAUUCAGAUAACCUCCACUCAUUGGUCCCCUAAAAAUAAAGGAGCAUGUAAAAACAGAAGGUUAGAGUCAAGAGGUAGAAAUCAGGAUUGGGCCACAGACAUGGGCCACUUUUAGCUUGUUGUCCCAUCUUUGUACAUAAAGAUUGUUUUACUCUAGAAUGUUUUUCUUUUCAUAAACUAGGAUUCUUUGAAGGUCUUAAUCAAUUGAUUCGUAAUGAAAAAAAAAAACAGCUGCUUGAAACAAAUUCUGAUUGUCUGAACAGUUGAAUGGACUGAUGUGGUGGCUUAGACGAGCAGCAGCAUCUCUGCGCUCGGUUUGCGUGCUCAUAUAUAUAUUUUUCCCUGAGAAAACAGUUGCAGAAUAAAAACAAAAUAAAGCUCUAUAAAUCUAUCCUAUAUAUUUGUGAGAACACCUUUAACAAUAUCAGGUAAACACUUUAAUCAACAUGGUUGGAAUCYGUAAAAUAUUUUCUGAGGAUUCUAGUACGUUCACACUGAGGUACUAGAUUCCCRUCAGAGGUCCGUGAAGUGAUGUUGUCAAACUGUACAAUUCCACAGUUCCUGUCAUUUAAGAUUUUUCAAUGUUAGAAGCACGCUUUACGCCAUCAUGUGGUUGUCAGARAUACCGGCUGUACCUUUUUGAAGACUCAUCAUCCAUGUCAUGUUAAUUCUACAUGCAUGAUAAGACAAAAACGAAACUUUCUUUCAACCAUUUAGUACAGUUAAAUUCUAUGAGAGUAGCUUUGAGGCACCAAACAGACCAUUCAGGGAGCGAUGCUACAAAAUUUACCAAGAAUAGUGAGGGUGUAACUCGAUUUUAUGGUCAAAAUAAGGAUUAAUAUCUUGAUGAUCAUCUUCUAGUUUAGCCUGAAGAUUUGAUCAUUUCUUGAAAGCAUUCUAUUCUCAUCAGGUUGGUAAUAUUUUUUUUCCAAAUAUAUGGAAGAAAAUACCUUUAUAAAAACACUACUAUAAUCACAUGAAUGAGAUGAACAGUUUUCUAUAUUUUGUUGACAAUGUUCAAUUUUGGCAGAUUUYUUUCUACAAAUUUCAGACCCAUCGCAGAAUACUUUCAUUUAUUGCCUGUUUUUAUCAAACAAACUGUCAAUUUCAUUUGUUACAAAGGAUGUGCAUUGCAUCAUGUCUGGUCUGUGCACUUUAGGUGUAGUGAAACUCCAAUUGUCAACAAGUGUCAGUUUACAGUGACAURAUGCAGAGCAUCAAAUAACAUGACGCAGUUGCAAAUAUUUGGCAAAUUACCUCGAAAAUCACUGCACAAUAACUAAAGUUCUGAAAGGUGGUCUCAUCUGCUGCUUCAGGACGCCAAUGAAGGCCUUUUAAGUGGCGUCGACUCUGAGGCGGACUGCUUUAUCUCAUAUUAUUAUUACUCAAAAUACUCUUUCACCACAGACUGUUUGUCAGAUCUUUUAGUCCAAAACAAACCUGGUUCAAAAACAAUAAAAUACACUCCAAUCAUAUCAAGCUUAAACUUUAAUUUUUGACUUCAGUUUAUUAAAWGCUUAUUAUUAUUCAUGUAAUUAGUCCUUUGAGUGAUUGUUUUCCACCUUGUGCAUUGGAAUUCUUAAGUGCCCAUAUUCUUUUUACYUUUCAUCAUGUAGUCUGAAUCAAAAUGUGAUUGUUCUGCCUGUUGUGAUUGGACUCUCUGUAUAAAUGUUUCAUUGUCAAAAUUGUAUUCUUUGGCAAAAUAAUACAAGUCAGCCAGUUUGAAAAAUGGGAACCAUCGCAUUUCUCACUACGACAUAAUGCCAAAAACCUACUUUCUUCAGUCUUUAAUUACAAACACUGUAUUUGCCCUUUAAGGCUAACUAGCUUUAACUGUUUUGGCUAAUAAGCUAAAGCUGUCUUGGCUAUUAGCUUUAGCUGUUUAGGCUAUGUAGUUUUAGCUUAAUAACUUUUCAGAGCACACAGAGUUUUGGUCUGUAACAAAUCUGCCAUUAUGUCUCAAUAAGGAUUGUUUUUUAUUGUGAAACACAACAGUUGCUUUCAUGCUUCAUUAUAGUGCAGCAAUUUGUUAAGAAGAGCUACAUUUGUUUUUCCUCUUUGUAAGUUUUGUCUGUUGUGUGUGUUUACUAAAGGCUUGUUUCUCAAUAUUCAGAAACGCUCAACACUGAAAUAAAACAUUGGUUCCUUAUCAACA